AUGACUCUAGGACGUGCCAAUGGGCAACCCCCGUGCCCAUUCUGUUCACCGGGGGCCCCUGAGGGUUCGUACGUGUCUGCCGAUGUUAGGACGGCGGCGUUUGAAAGUUGUAACAAAUCAAGAGAACAGGGCGGACCCUCAGGGGCCCCUCAGGUACCCCGGAACCCUCAGGCACCCCCCGGGACCCUCAGGAACUCCCCAGGGACCCUCAGGGACCCCCAGGACCCUCAGGUACCCCCCAGGGACCCUCAGGGACCUCCCCGGACCCCCCAGAGACUCUCAGAGACCCUGAGGGACCUCCCGGGAGCCUCAGGGACCCUCACGGACCUUCAGGGAUCCCCCAGGGACCCUCAAAGACCCGUAAAGAGCUUAGGUCCCUCGUGUCAAAUACGGCGACAGUUGCGGUUUUUCUUCCUGUUGUGGGCGUAG